AUGGCAUUUACAUUCUAUAAGAAAGACGAUCGUGAGUAUGCUGAACUUGCAGAUGAAAUACAAAGAGACCAAAGGCAACUCUAUUUUCAUCGUGAUGGAGAAGAUUACACAAGUCCUAAGGAGCAUGUUCGAUUCCAAAUUUUUGAACCGAUGCCGAUGGAUGUUGUAGCAGUAGAUCAAGCGGCUGAAAAUGAUAUACCAAUGGAGCUUACGGCUGGAAUGGAAAACCUAACGUUGAACGGAGAAGAGAAUUCUUACAAUCUCAAAGCCACUGAACUACACAGAAACCCAAAGAUGCCGUACCAAGUUGGCUGCGAUGAAUGUGAAGAUCAAAUUGGGUAUUGA